UUUAGCCUAUUUGCAACAAAAUUGCAGCAUCUGUGGAUCUUUGAAAACGCAGUGGCAGCAUCAUACUGUGUCAAUUGUGGGAACCAUGCUAGAAUUUUUUAUAUCGCCCGAUCGAGAGUGUUGCACAUACGCCAGCUAUUAAUAAUUGCGCCUCGAUAUCUUGCUGUCACCUAUUGAAUUCAAGCCGCCGUGCCCUAGAUGGAAGCGUGCAUUGUGCAAACAGUUCAAUGCUGUUCAGCUGAGAGACUAUGGUUGGCACAUAAUAAUGGUGAUCUGCAACUAUCACGACCGUGUGUUUGAACGGUUCUUUAUGGGUGGAUACAACGUGAUAUCGAUUUUCUAAGGAACUUUUUCAAGGUAGAAAUGUACCAUGGCCGCGGGACGUAGGACGUGGGUCGCAUCGGUCUUCAGCCUUGGCAUUUUCGUCCUGUGGCUACUAGGCAGGAGGCUAAACUUACACACUAGCUUUAAGACUAAUAAGAGACUUUUCGAAAAGCGCAUUCUCGUCGCAGUUCCAUUCCAAAAAGCAGUUCAAUCGAAAGAUAAAAUGAAGGACACUGGCGUCAGUAUUGUAUAUACAAAACCGCAUAAGUUUUUUGACUUGAGUAGGACGACCUACAUAAAGGAGCUGUCAGUCCCAAGUCCUAAAGCAACGCAGCAAAUCGUAAUUCCAAAGCCAACGACACCGAAUAUUGCCCAUCUGUUCACUCCUCACAGAACUGAGCCGCUUCCCUCUAGAUGUGUUUACAAGGAAACGCCGAAUUUAGACUUGUUGCGUGGACAUGAACCGCAGGUAUGGCAGAAUGUUGCCAAAAGGACCAUCAUGGUAUUUUCCGCCUUUUUAGACUCGAGAAAAGAAAUAGGCGGCCGAGUUAUCCGCGUGUUGGCCAGUGGCAAACAGGCUCGCUUCGGUCACUCAGGGAAGGUGUCGUGUGUCCUCUGGUUGCAACAGGACUCGAAUAUAGUUGGCGUCCCGACAGAUGCGUCUUAUGAAGUCAUCUAUGAAAGUCGACUUCAUCCGUCCAUGUAUACUGCUCAUUUUAUAAUGUGUAAACUAAGAACAGUUGGAGCUAGUGCUGAAUCCAUCCUCGGAGUCUCGGUUGUGCCUGACGUCUGUGGAAUCAUAUCGAACACGCUAAAGGUCAUCAAGAGUAAACCGUACCUCGCCCAAAAUAACACAUUCAGUAUUUGCCUGUCCCCGAUUUACGGCAACUACGACAAUACCCCCGCCAUCAUAGAACACAUUGAGAUGCACAAGAUAUUAGGUGUGGAGAGGAUUACUGUGUACGUGCUUUCAGUUGGACCAAAUGUGGGUUCGAUUCUGCAGCAAUACCAGAAAGAAGGACUUGUGGAUCUGGUGAAAUGGAGGUAUCCAUACUCUAAAGUGUUGUGUGAUUAUUUUGCUCAGCGCGAGGCCCUGAACGAUUGCCUCUACAGGAACAUGGGCCGGACUCGUUACUUAGCAGUAGUCGACCUAGAUGAGAUAAUAACGCCACGGAAGACACUGGUCUGGGACGCAAUGAUGACGAGGUUACACAAACCCGAACGUGCAGCGUAUCUAUUUCAACAUGCAUACUUCUUAAAUAUGCAGCCUAAAAACUCGAAGCCGACCAUGUUGACUCAAACUGUCUUUUCACGUCCCAGUGAGGUGUUUCCUCCCGGAAAGAUUCGAUGCAAGUCGAUUUACGAGAUGGAAAAGACAGUUCAGGUCAACAUUCACUUUCCUGAUACGCUGUUAGCCGGCGUUCAGGAAUACAUUGUGCCAGCCGAGGAGGCUAUGCUGCAUCACUAUCGCAGUGAAGUGAUGCAGAUAUUCCAUGAUGGUAGGAAGAACUUUACGUAUAUAAAAGAUACAUAUAUGGUCAACUAUGCCAACCGUAUUAGGAAAGCGUUUUCUGACCGUAUUAACAUGUUCAACAUCGAGUAGCUCUGACGACUUGGAUUAAAGGGGCAAUAAUGUCGUGGGAGUUGUACUAAUUGUGAUGUUUGUGGCGAUAAGCGCCGCCAGCAUGUAACCCAACCUCGUGGAUGAGAGAUAUCCAGAUAUCCAUAUCCAGAGGCCACCCGCUCUUUGGUCCUACUUCCGAUGAGAAAAUAAGAGCCACAUAAAGAGGCAAUCUAACCCUGCCUGAUGUCUUCCGGAAUACGUCGUUAUUUAGCGCUUGAUUCUGGCGCUUAGAGCUCAGUUAUCAAACCUACUUGAUCCGGGGCCACCGCAACUUUCGACGCUUGUACUGUGGGAGGCGUUGACUUUAAGUUGGUGCGGCUCUGAACCGAGUUACUUGUGUAGGAAAUGGUGCUUUCGAUUGUGCAGUAUUCUCCUAUUGGCUGAUUGUCUUCAAGACUGCAAUUUGUUCAUUGUAUUUUGAAAUUAUAAAUUAAAAGAUGAGUUUUA